AUGACCUAUGCUACUGUAAUGGGUCUCAAGAAAAAGAAAAAUGUUAUAAUCAUUACGUGCUUCAUGAUUUCAUGUUAUUUCUUAUAUCAACUGUAUUUCUUCUUUACCAUCACAUCAGAAGCUAAUAACAAUGUAAUUGUGCCACUGUUAGAUCAUGAUAUAAUAAAAGAUUUUCAACACUUACGUUCUGAUGUUGACAAAUAUAUAAGCGAACAUGGAAAGAUUAGAGGUGUUUACUAUGCAGAUAUAAAAAGUUAUCGGCCCGAUUCGAAAAAUGAAUUUAAAUGCAAAUCAUCUGAUCAAAAAAUUCCAUUCGAUCAGGUAAAUGAUGAUUUUUGUGAUUGUGAAGAUAAUACUGAUGAACCAAGCACUACUGCAUGUCCAAAUGGAGUUUUUUAUUGUGAUACUCAGCAACCUAGAAGGAAAACGUUCAUUAUACCUUCUAACAAAGUGAAUGAUGGUAUAUGCGAUUGCUGUGAUGGUUCAGAUGAAUGGCUUACCUUAAAGAAAAAUCUUCUGAGUCAAAAUUGCAAUAGCCGGAACUAUAUUGGUGCAAUUAUGACCGUGGAUGAAGGAAUUGAUAUUACGAAGGCAGGAGAUCGCGGGGUCUUAAAACGAAUUAUUAAAGAAGGCGAAGGCACCGAUACUCCAAAUGCCGGCUGCCAAGUUACUGUACAUUAUACUGGAACACUACUAGAUGGUACAAAAUUUGAUUCUAGCAAGGACAGAAACGAACCAUUCGAGUUUAAUCUUGGCAAAGGCACAGUAAUAAAAGCAUGGGACAUUGGUGUGGCAACCAUGAAAAAAGGAGAAGUGUGUGUGCUGACAUGUGCUCCAGAGUAUGCUUAUGGUGCAAAUGGCAGCCCCCCUAAAAUUCCACCAAAUUCUACGUUGCAGUUUGAGAUUGAAAUGAUUGACUGGAAAGUGGAAGAUUUGAGCCCUAACAAGAAUAAGGGAAUUCUCAGGCACAUUGUGGAACAAGGCAGUGGCUUUGAAAACCCUAAUGAUGGUGCACAAGUUUCAGUGGAGCUUGAGGGAAAACUGCCAGAUGGAAAAGUAUUUGACACUCGCACAGUAACAUUCACACUCGGUGAGGGAACAGAGAAUAAUAUAUGUGAGGGGAUUGAGCGAGCCCUGGAGAAGUUCACACUAGGUGAAAAGUCCAGGCUGACCCUUCAACCUAAGUAUGCAUUUAAAUCUGAAGGCAAUAACGAAAUGGGAGUACCUCCCAACUCUGUAGUAGAGUACACAGUUAAGUUAACUAGCUUUGAAAAAGCGAAAGAAGCUUGGGCUAUGGAUGGGGCAGAAAAGUUGGAGCAAGCGAAGAUAAUAAAAGAGAAAGGCACUAAUUACUUCAAAUCAAACAAAUUCCAAUUAGCCAUCAAGAAGUAUAGGAAAGUUGUGUCUCUCUUGGAAGAUAUGCCAGAAGACAAAUCUGAGAAAGACGAGCUCAAGAGCCAAGCGAAGGAGCUCCUUGUCUCAGCCCAUCUCAACUUAUCUCUGGUGUAUCUCAAAGUAACGCCCCCACACCAUUAUGAAGCCAAAGACCACGCUACUAAAGCACUAAAAUUCGAUGAGGAUAAUGUGAAAGGAUUGUUCAGGAGAGGCCAGGCCUUGCUCGGUUUGGGUGAAGCAGAUCAAGCGUUGAACGACUUCCAAAAGAUUGUUGAAAAGGAGCCACAGAAUAAGGCCGCCGCGAACCAGAUCGCCGUGUGCCGCAGCACGCUGCAGAAGCAGAAACAGCGCGAGAAGCAGUUGUACGCGAACAUGUUCGACAAGUUCGCCAAGCACGACGCUCAGGUAGAAAAGAAGCUGGCCAGCGAGGAAGUGGACGUCAUCGGCGAGAAGGUCGGCGAGUGGGGCAAGGGCGAGGGCGAGUGGACGGACGAGCAGCGCGACCGGAAACCCACCGAGUUUGAGAAGGAAAACCCUAAUAUACUCAUGCUCGACAAGGAUGGAAGAUUCGAGAACAUG